UUCUCCCAUGUCCCUCCGCUGAAUCUUGUGCUAAAAAUACUGGUCUCUUUUAUGAUUGAUUUCUCUAACCUUAAAAAUAACUAAGAAAAAAUGAAACAAAGGCACCUAAAAUCCUCUUUUAACAAAUUUAGUACCCAAAAUUUCCCCACCUAAAAGAAAAAGGAUUUUUUGGAACGGGAAAGGUCCCUUUGAAGCAAAGCUUGGCGAGCUGGUUGGUGGCUGCCUCCCCAAAAUAUCUCUACUCAACGUUGAGGUUCUUCAUAUCCUCCUAUUAUUUUGCUUGCAGAGUCUGUGGCUCUCCCUCUUACAUCAAAGCUCAAAAGCUAGAACCAAAAAUGCUUACUUUGAAUCUCACCCCAUCUUCUCCUGUCACUUUCUCCAGAUCCACUCACCAUAAGUACCCCAUAAAUGCUUCUUCUCUUUUAAAUCCAAAUAUUCCCAGCAGAGCUCAAAAUCAAACUACUCUCUUUAAUAAACUCACCUCUCAAAUUGGUUCAUUUGCAUGUAAAGUUUCAAACUUUGGCGAAAUCAGUAGCUGCCCGGUUGGCCUCUAUUCAAGAUUCACUAAUCAGAUCUGUAAUUUCAACAGAGUCCAUGAAUAUCCAUCUGGGUUUUGCUCGAAACCCAGAUCUUAUGUUGCUAAAGCAGCAGCAGCAUCUGACUCUGAAUCAAGCCCAGAAGGAGAAGCUAACGUGGUUUCGAAACCUAAGGAUAAAACUCUCCAGCUUGCACUCGUGUUUGGUUUCUGGUACUUCCAGAAUAUUGUCUUCAACAUUUACAACAAGAAAGCGUUGAAUGUGUUUCCUUUUCCAUGGUUUCUUGCUUCCUUCCAGCUCUUUGUUGGGUCUGUUUGGAUGCUCAUCCUAUGGUCAUUCAAACUCCAACCAUGCCCGAAGAUCUCAAAGCCAUUCAUUAUUGCUCUUCUCGGACCUGCUUUGUUUCACACUAUAGGGCACAUAUCAGCCUGUGUCUCAUUCUCUAAGGUUGCUGUUUCUUUCACUCAUGUAAUCAAAUCAUCAGAACCUGUUUUCUCAGUUAUAUUUUCUUCAAUUCUUGGUGAUUCGUACCCUUUAAAAGUCUGGCUCUCUAUCCUCCCUAUCGUUCUUGGUUGUUCCCUUGCUGCCAUCACAGAAGUCUCUUUCAAUUUCGAAGGAUUGUGGGGUGCUUUGAUUAGCAAUGUUGGGUUUGUGUUCAGGAACAUAUACUCAAAAAAGAGUUUGCAGAGCUUCAAGGAAGUUAAUGGACUAAACUUGUAUGGUUGGAUUAGUAUAAUCUCAUUAUUUUAUCUGUUUCCUGUUGCGGUUGUUGUUGAAGGGUCUCAAUGGAUUCAAGGAUACCAUAAGGCGAUUGAAGCUGUUGGAAAAUCAUCAACCUUUUAUAUAUGGGUGUUGCUUUCUGGUAUCUUUUAUCAUCUCUACAACCAAUCUUCUUACCAGGCUCUUGACGACAUUAGCCCCUUAACCUUUUCGGUCGGCAACACAAUGAAGAGAGUGGUGGUGAUUGUGUCUACUGUGUUGGUGUUUAGAAAUCCUGUUAGGCCUUUGAAUGCAAUUGGAUCAGCCAUUGCCAUAUUUGGGACUUUCUUAUACUCUCAGGCAUCUGCUAAGAAAGCCAACAAAACUGAAGGUGAAAAGAAGAGUUAGAUAGAGUUAGAUGGUUCAUUUAUAGAUCUCAUAAGGUCCUUGUCACAAAAGGGGAAUUUCUUGGUUAAGAGGAGAGUGUCCUAUUCGGCUGCUUUCGAAACAGGCAUACACAGGUCUGGUUCGAAGAAAAAGUACAGUGCUUGAAACUAGGCCUACCAGUGAAAUGCAACCCCAG